AUGUCAGCUCCUUAUAUUCAUGUAGAAUCAGACUCGGAAGAGUCAGUACAAGAAUUUGAAAGAUUAGAAUCAACCUUACCUCCAUCGUUAAGAAAAUCUGCAUCUUCCUUAUUAGAAGCAAUUCAAGCUACCCCAUCACCAGCACACACUCCUGCCGGUAGUAGUCAACCUUUCCAACCUCAUCAUCCAUCUCAUUUGAAACAACCUCAACCCCAACAUGUUGGACGUGAAAAUAGAUUCGCACCAGGUCAUGCAAAUAAUUCCCUUUUUGGUAGAGCUCCAUCUCAAACUCCAAAUCUUAGAGAUACUUCACUUAGACAAACACUUAUUUCAAAAUUAUCAAAAUCUGAACAUGGUAGAUCCAGUUCUCCCGUGCCAUUACCAAGACCUAGAUUUGAUUUAGAAGUUUUUAAACCUGCUAUCAAUACCAAACAAUCUUCAACUGGGGUUUUAUGGGCUACUGAACGUGCACAAGAAUAUGGAUUUGAUUCUGAAAAUGUCGGUGAUUGGGCUAAUCUCGGACAAGGUGCUCCAGAACACGGUGACACGAUCCCAGGAUCUUUCAUUAGACCAAAACAUAUCCCUGUCCCUGAUUAUUCAAAAGAAUAUGCUCCAACUGCUGGUGUAAAACCCCUUCGUCAAGCAGUUGCUAAUUAUUAUAAUGAAACUUAUCGAAAAGGAAAAGAUUCGCAAUAUACUUAUAAAAAUGUCUGUAUUGUACCUGGAGGAAGAGCCGGUUUGACAAGAAUUGCAUCUAUUAUAAGUGAUUGUUAUCUUUCAUUCUUCUUGCCUGAUUAUACCGCCUAUGCCGAAAUGCUUUCAUUAUUCAAGAAUUUCGCUCCAAUCCCGGUCCCAUUGAAAGAAGCCGAUAAUUAUGAAAUCCAUCUCAAGAUUAUCAAAGAAGAAUUAACAAGAGGUAUUAGUGCCUUAUUGACUUCCAAUCCUCGUAAUCCAACUGGGAGAUGUAUGGAAAGAUCUCAAUUGGAAAAAUUACAUGAAAUGUGUCGGGCUAAAUGUUUGUUAAUCAUGGAUGAAUUUUAUUCCCAUUAUUAUUAUGAUGAUGGAUGUACUGGAUCAUCAAUCAGUUCGGCGGAAUAUAUUGAAGAUGUGGAUGUUGAUCCAGUCUUGAUUCUUAAUGGAUUAACCAAAGCUUUCAGAUUACCUGGAUGGAGAAUUUGUUGGAUCUUAGGGCCAGAAGAAUAUAUUAAUGCCCUUUCUUCUGCAGGAUCUUUCUUGGAUGGUGGGUCGAAUGCUCCUUUCCAAUAUGCUGCUGUUGAUUUCUUGGAACCUUUGAAAGUUAGGAAUGAAAUGAAGGCCUUACAACUUCAUUUCAAGAUGAAGAGAGAUUAUAUUCUUGAUAGAUUUAGAAAAAUGGGAUUUAAAUUUGAAGAACGUCAAAUUCCAAAUUCAACCUUUUAUUUAUGGUUAAAUUUAAGUCAUUUACCAGGGAAAUUAAGUAAUUGUUUAGGAUUUUUCCAUGAAUGUUUACAUGAACGAGUAAUUGUUGUUCCCGGGUUUUUCUUUUUGAUCAAUCCUCAGAAUUUAAGUCAUUUAGAAGAAGUUAUUUGGUAUAAUUAUGUGAGAAUUAGUUAUGGUCCUGAAUUCCAUCAUUUGGAAUUAGGUAUGGAUGGAAUUGAAAGAAUCUUGGCUAGAUUUGGAUGUUUACCUUAUGAACUUGAACAAAAGGCAUAG